AUGGCUCGCCGGUCCCAGAGCUCCUCACAGGGGGACAACCCCCUGGACCCUAACUACCUGCCACCCCAUUACAAGGAGUAUUACCGGCUGGCUCUGGAUGUGCUAGCUGAGGAGGGGCAAGAGAGUUAUCAUCGUUUUCUGGAUGAAGAAGGAGCCCCUGACUUUCUCUGCAGCACAGAGGUAGAGCACAUCACUCAGCAUCUCCAGAAGCCCCAGUAUGCCAACCAGGAGAGCAGCUGCACGGAUGCCAUGCAUGGCAGUGACAUAGACGGAUCCUCUGGGACUUAUUGGCCUAUGAAUUCUGACCUUGCUGUCCCUGAGCUUGAUCUGGGCUGGCCAAUGGUCUUUGGAUUCAGGGGUACUGAGGUAACAACUCUGGUGCAGCCACCACCCCCAGACAAUCCCAGCAUCAAGGAAGAAGCCCGUAGGAUGAUCCGAGCUGCACAACAGGUGGUAGCUAUAGUGAUGGAUGUUUUCACAGAUGUGGAUCUGCUGAGUGAGGUGCUGGAUGCUGCUGCCCGCAGGGUCCCUGUGUAUAUCCUCCUGGAUGAAAUGAACUCCCAGCUCUUCCUAGACACAGCUGCUAAGUGCAAAGUCAACCUCAACUAUGUGGAGUUCCUGAGGGUCCGGACGGUUUCUGGCCCCACCUAUUACUGCCGCACGGGGAUGUCCUUCAAAGGGCAUGUGAAAGAGAAGUUCCUGUUGGUGGACUGCAUGGUGGUGCUAAGUGGCAACUACAGUUUUAUGUGGUCCUUUGAGAAGAUUCAUCGAAGCAUCGCUCACAUCUUCCAAGGGGAGCUGGUGUCCAGCUUUGAUGAAGAAUUCCGAAUUCUCUUUGCACAGUCAGACCCUCUCAUUCCUCCAGCCAAUGUCUUGGUGAAGGCAGAGAACCCAUUUACCAUGGCCCCCUUUGGCAACAAUAUGCCCUUCUUUCCAAAGAAAGCACACCUGCUGUUCCAGAGGGAUGACAAUGUCUUUCCACCCUUCAUGGACAGAGUUGAUCCAGACAGAUACUUGUCAGCCUUCAGACGGGAUGAACUGAUGCGCCAUACUAUGGAGGGGUCAGCAAUGCGCAUGUAUUCUAAGAAGGCAGAAAUGGAGAAUUCUCAGAUAGAUCCUGUCAGAGGUUUAUUCCGCUCCAAGCAGUUAGAGCUGGAUUCCUUUAAGAGACACAGCUUUGCUGAAGGAACCUUUGAAAACUUUUCUUCUUCAAAGCAGUGUUCUAGGCAGAUGUUCAUGAACAAUCUGGAUGACUUUAAAAUGCAAUCCAGUCACUUUCAAAAGGACCAGUUCUACCAAUAUCAAUUUGAACAUCCCCAUGCUUCCAGCAGGCCUCAGGGGUUCUUUGAGCGAAUCCGAGGUGGUAGGCCAGGAUUCAAUGAACUGGAGGACUAUGCACAGGGCCCCAGAUAUCCUGAACUUGAAUCCCACUUCCCACAGGAGGGUUUCCCCUUAAGGCUAGAUUAUGAGCCUUCAAAUUCUUCUAGGGAAGUGAGGCAUGGUUCUGACCAGGUGAACCCUGCAGGGAAUGGCCCACUAGGGCUGAUGUCACUAAGGAGGCAAAACAUAGGGCAGAAAUUCAUGUGCCAGACAUCCCCCACACAGAAGCAGAGCCUGGAACAACGACUGUUUUUACAAGACCAGGACCCAGAUCAGGACAAGAAGACCCAGGAAAAUAGAACAGGUUUGCGUAACUGGAGGAUUUCUUCAUACCUGAGUGCAUACCAGUCUGAACCAGGAGACGAAGGCAUCCCAAUGCCCAUGGAAUCAGAGUCAUAUAAUGAUGUUUUGAGCCUUGGAGAGCCCCUCACAAAGUACCCCAGUGACCUGAUCUCAUCUUUCAAGUCUCCUAUGUCAUUUAAUAAUAAAUCAUUGGGAAUUGAAAGUGCCAAAGAGUCAACAGGUACUGAGAGAGCAGGUGAGGAGACCUCCCUUGUGAAACAGGAUUCCUUUAGGUCCAGGAUAAAUCCUUUGAUCCAGAGGAGCUCAAGGCUCAGAUCUUCUUUGAUUUUUAAUGCCGCCAAUUUAGAUCAGCAGAAUAUGACAAUGGAGAAGGUUCAGAUGAUCCAAAAGGAGCAAAUGUCCAAUGAGAUUAUAAAAGACAAUGAAACUAUAAAGGCAGCCACCUCUUCUAAAGUAGCAGAACUUUUAGAGAAGUACAAAACUGUGGGCAAAGACAUAGAGAGUGCUACAGUUAGUCACACCAAAGCUGUUUCCAGUUUUCUACAGGAAGAAUCUCAGAAUGCAGAGAAAAAAUGUACCAAAUCCGUGCAAUACAAGAUCCUGGAGAGUAGGGUGCUAGACUCAAAAGAAUCCUUCAGUAGUUACAAGAUGCACAUGGAGUCUGAGAAACAGUUUGGUAUGUCUCCUUCAGCCACCCAGCUCCUUGACACACUGAGUAAAGAUCCUAUAACAAAUAUUAGCAGCAAAAUGGAAAAACUAUCUUCUCGGUUCUAUUCCACAGACAGCAAACCUGCUCUUCCAAUGAAGGAGAACCUGAUAUUGGUAGGAAACACUCAGAAGCUUGCUCUGCCAGAGAACAGGGAGAAACUGACAUUCAAAAGAGACACACAGGAACUAGCUGACACAGAAUUCAAGAAACCGCAGGCUAGGAUAAGCACCACAUCGAUUCCUGAAAGUUUAUCCAAGAAUCAAGGGUCUGACAGCUCUCUCAAUAAAUCCGAGGAAGAGGGUGCCAAACAGGAACAGAGUCCACUGGAAUUUUUUAGGAAAGGGUCGCUAAGGUUGAAACAGUUGCUGAAUCCAAAGGUUGAUAAGAAAUCAGAGGAAGAAACCAAUCUUGAGAGUGGAAAGUUUGACAAGCAGACCAUGAGCCUUAAACGAUCUUCCAAGGGGGAUUAUCAGGAAGUGAUGGAGGAAGAGAAAUCCCAAAGGAUCACAACAGCACCUGCUCUCAAAAGCAACCAGCCAUCUCAGACCAGGUUUGCUUCUUCCACGGCAAACAUCCUAUACAGCAGCAACCUCCGUGAUGACACAAAGGUGAUUCUGGAGCAAAUUUCCGCCAACAGUCAGAAGAACAGAGCUGAGCUGGCCAAGCAACUACCAUCCACAAGUAAUCCUGAUCUUACCAAGUCUACCAGCAGCUUGGAAUAUAAAGGUGAGGAGAAAAGCUGCAACAUUAGCAGGUCAGAAAGUUUUGGGAGCCAUAAGAAGAAUCUUCAGAGGCAACCAUCAGAGGACAGAGAUACCCUUCUGAAAAAGAUGGAGAAUAUGCGAAAGGAGAAGCGGGUGUAUAGUAGGUUUGAGGUCUUCUGCAAGAAGGAUGAACAACCAAAUCAGAAUGAUGAGGAAUAUGACACAGAUGCCAAAGACAAGAAAAUGGGGAAAUUCAUGCCCAAACUCCUGGGGACCUUCAAAACCAAAAAGUGA